UCGGAGGAAAAGGAAGUGCUCGGCUGCACCUGCUUGCCGGGCAAGGUUGCGCAGGCGCACUUAGACAUUCUAGUGCCUUCUAGAAAAUGUGAUCGGGAGGGCGGGGCUGUAAUAGGUGGGCGAGCCCCUUCAGGGCAGGAGUUCUGAGCGAGUCUCGCCUUCGUACGGUUUCGUCCUUUUACUACGUAAAUACUUGCGGAGCAUGAGGCAAAUCGGCCAGGUUUUCAUCCGGGUCUUGAGCCUGGGUGAGAAAGGCACGGUUUUUCUGUGGGCCGGCGGAGAAAAAUGUCCAUUUCGGGGAACAGCCUUUAGAGAAGGAAACGAUCUUGUGCCCAUUCUCAGUUUCCAGUCGCAUGUGCCCAGCCCACAGCGACCGGGGUCCACGUUGCGACCUGAGAGGCUCAGAGCAGGUAGCGUGACAGCGUCCUCGCCCCGCCCCCGGGGCCUUGCCUGUGGGCUCUAGGGCCCGCAUGCGUCCCGACGUAGGCUGUGAUUGGCCAAUCGGGGAUAACAGACAGCCCCCUUGGCCACUCAGCGGCCAGGGGCUUGUUAGUUCCGGGUCCGCAGCGUCUCUCGCAUGGCCGAGUCAAUGACCUAGGCGACCGUACAUCCCUAGCUGAGCUAGCAUGGCUGCGGCCGGAGAGUCGCUGAGGUCCCGGUGAGGAGAAGGAGGCCUGCGUUGUCUGCAGCGUUGCCCGAGAUCCGCUCCGCGAUGGCCCUUCGGUCGCGGCUCUGGGAGGUGGUGUCGGCUAGCAGGAGCCCCGGUAAUUCGCGUCGCCCCGUCUCUCCCUCCGUCCCCACCGCAGGGCAGCGCGCGGCGGUGGCGGUGGCGGUGGCCGAAGACCCAGGCAGGCCCGGGGGGUGCGGGCUGGCGGCCCUCUCGACGGCGUCCGCACCCGCGGCGAAGCCUGAAGCGGACCCACAGGAGAACGAAGCCGUGGCCCCGGAGUUCACCAACCGCAACCCCCGCAACCUGGAGCUCCUGGCUGUGGCCCGGAAGGAGCGGGGCUGGGGCACAGUGUGGCCCUCGCGCGAGUUCUGGCACAGGUUGCGGGUCAUAAGAACCCAGCAUCACGUGGAAGCGCUCGUGGAACAUCCCAGCGGCCAGGUUGUGGUUUCGGCGUCCACUCGCGAGUGGGCUAUUAAAAAGCACCUGUACAGGACCAGGAACGUGGUGGCUUGUGAGAGUCUCGGACGGGUGCUGGCACAGAGGUGCCUGGAAGCAGGAAUUAACUUCAUGGUCUACCAGCCGACCCCCUGGGAGGCAGCCUCGGACUCGCUGAAAUGCCUGCAGAAUGCCAUGACGGAAGGUGGUGUGGUGCUGCAGGAACCUCGGCGGAUCUAUGAAUGAGACCGAGCACCGCUGGUUUUGGGGUGGAUCCAGAACCGCCAGCUGCUGCCGCGUCGGAGGACCCCCAGCUGGAGCCCUGCCCCUGUUGCGCAGUGGAUGCCCUUGCUGAAGGUCACCCUCUCCGCAUCGGAGGACCCCCAGCUGGAGCCCUGCCCCUGUUGCGCAGUGGAUGCCCUUGCUGAAGGUCACCCUCUCCCUCGGCGUCUGGUUUCUACAUCAGGGUCUUCAUUCUUCCCUGUCCUGGAGAUGAAGAAAAAGUUAGAACUGUAAUUAACUUUUGUGCAACAAAAGUUGUUUGUAAGCUACGAAAUAAAAGUGUGUUAACUA